GAGCCAGCCGGUGACCUGCCAGCAUCGCAGCACGGGCACAUCAUCUGCCGGGAGUAAAUCCUCCCUUCUCCCUCUUAUCUGCGCCGGAAAACGCGAGAUCAAGAUAAAAAUUAAAAUAUAUUACUAAAAAAAUAUAGUUUUUUUAACAGCAGGGCUGGCAGGAGAAAAUCGGGAAGAGGCCAGGUGCGCAGGGCCGCCUUUCCGCCGGCGGCGGGUGGUGCAUGAGGAGCUCGGCCGGGCGCCGCCGCCAUGGAGCACAUCCGGAUGCCCAAGGUGGAAAAUGUUCGGUUACUUGAUCGUUUAUCUUCAAGGAAAGCUGUUCUGGGAACCUUGUACUUAACAGCUACCCAUGUCAUAUUUGUGGAGAAUGGUUCUGAAACCCGUAAAGAAACCUGGGUUCUCCACAGCCAAAUUUCCUCUAUUGAGAAGCAGGCCACCACUGCCACUGGUUGCCCAUUGCUGAUCCGCUGCAAGAACUUCCAGGUCAUCCAGCUGGUCAUCCCUCAGGAACGAGACUGCCAUGACAUUUACAUAUCUCUGAUCCGUCUGGCACGGCCAGUGAAAUAUGAAGAGCUGUAUUGCUUCUCAUUCAAUCCAAAAUUAGAUAAAGAAGAACGAGAACAAGGCUGGAAGCUUGUGGACCUCAAUGAAGAAUAUAAUCGGAUGGGUGUUCCAAACAACUAUUGGCAGAUUUGUGAUGUAAACAGAGACUACGGAGUCUGUGACUCCUAUCCUACAGAAGUGUAUGUACCAAAAUCUGCAACUGCGCACAUCAUAGUGGGGAGUUCUAAAUUUCGGAGCCGAAGACGUUUCCCAGCUCUUUCCUACUACUGCAAGGAUAACAAUGCCUCCAUAUGUAGAAGCAGCCAGCCUUUAUCUGGUUUUAGUGCUCGGUGCCUUGAGGACGAACAGAUGCUCCAGGCCAUUAGAAAAGCAAAUCCAGGAAGUGAUUUCAUAUACGUUGUUGACACUCGGCCCAAACUCAAUGCAAUGGCAAACAGAGCAGCAGGGAAGGGAUAUGAAAAUGAAGACAACUACUCCAACAUCAAGUUUCAAUUCAUAGGCAUUGAGAACAUCCAUGUCAUGAGAAAUAGUCUGCAGAAAAUGCUUGAAGCUUAUUUUGCAGUUUGUGAGCUGAAAUCACCUUCAAUGAGCGACUUUCUAUGGGGCCUAGAAAAUUCUGGCUGGCUGAAGCAUAUCAAAGCCAUUAUGGAUGCUGGCAUUUUUAUUGCAAAGGCUGUGGCUGAGGAAGGUGUGAGUGUGCUUGUUCACUGCUCUGAUGGCUGGGAUAGGACAGCCCAGGUUUGCUCUGUAGCAAGCCUUCUGUUGGAUCCAUAUUACAGAACUAUGAAGGGAUUCAUGGUGUUAAUUGAGAAAGACUGGGUUUCCUUUGGUCACAAAUUUAACCACAGGUAUGGCAAUUUAGAUGGCGAUCCGAAGGAGAUAUCACCUGUUAUUGACCAGUUCAUUGAAUGUGUUUGGCAAUUAAUGGAACAGUUUCCUUGUGCCUUUGAAUUCAAUGAGAGAUUCCUCAUCCACAUACAGCAUCAUAUCUAUUCUUGCCAGUUUGGGAAUUUCCUGUGUAACAGCCAGAAGGAGAGACGAGAGCUGAAAAUCCAAGAACGAACAUAUUCAUUAUGGGCUCACUUGUGGAAAAAUCGUGCUGAUUACCUGAAUCCUUUGUACAGGUCAGACCACAGUCAAAACAAAGGGACCCUGCACCCACAGAUAGCUCCAUGCAACUUCUUGUACAAGUUCUGGAGUGGCAUGUACAACCGCUUUGAAAAGGGGCUGCAUCCUCGACAGUCAAUUACUGAUUAUCUGAUGGCAGUGAAGGAAGAAACUCAGCAGCUGGAAGAAGAGCUGGAGGUCUUAGGAGAGCGAUUAGCGAAUCUUCAGAAAUCACAAUUAGGUGAUAAUAAAGUCAAGAGUAAGCAACAAGACCGAAGCAAACAGUUAAGGCUGUCUACUUCCAACAAUAGCUUAGCUAACACUCCCCAGGAGUAUAGCAACGAUCUGAAGUCAUUCCCAUCCCGGAGUCCUUCACAAGGGGAUGAAGAAGAUUCUGCCCUGAUUUUGACACAGGACAACCUGAAAAGUUCUGAUCCUGACCUCUCAGCCAACAGUGAUCAGGAGUCUGGCGUGGAGGACUUAAGCUGUAGGUCCCCAAGUGGGGGUGGCUGCUUGCCUAGUGAAGACAGUGGCAAGGACUCUGAUGAGGCCGUAUUUCUGGCAGGCUGAAACACCUUCACGGCAGCAAGGAUCCAGAUGAA